AUGAGCGAUAGUGAGAGGAGUCUAAUGGAACGCAAAAUGAUCAGAAAGGUGGACUUUAGACUAUUGACGAUGACAAUUCUAAUGUACAUUCUCAAUUAUCUCGACCGCAACAACAUUGCUUCAGCCAAGCUGGCUGGUAUGCAGACGGACUUGAGACUUCACGGAAACCAAUACGAGACAGCAGUCAGCAUCCUUUUCGUUGGCUAUAUUCUGAUGCAAGUUCCAUCUAAUCUUCUCUUGAACAAACUCGGAAAGCCUUCUAUAUACCUUCCAAGCUGCAUGGUAGCUUGGGGUAUCGUGUCAACCGCAACAGCAGCGACAACAACCUUUGGUGGCUUGUUAGUCUGUCGACUUUUGCUUGGUAUUAUAGAAGCAGCUUAUUUUCCUGGUUGUUUGUAUCUGUUGUCAUGCUGGUACACUCGAAAGGAGUUGGUCAAGCGAACGGCGCUGCUCUAUUCUGGCUCCAUCAUAUCCGGUGCCUUUUCAGGACUUUUUGCGGCGGGAAUUACUCAAAAUCUCGACGGAGCUCGUGGCCUCUCUGCAUGGAGAUGGCUCUUCAUCAUUGAGGGUUGCAUGACGAUCACGGUGGCCAUUAUCGCCUGUUUUAUUAUCCCGGACCUGCCACGCACUACCCCUUGGCUCAAUGAUCAGGAGAAGAAGCUAGCCGUGUGGAGGUUGGAAGCAGAUAUAGGAGAGGAUGAUUGGGUGGACAGCAAUCAUCAGUCCUUUGUAACCGGGGCAAAAGCAGCGUUCUUCGAUUACAAGGUCUGGCUGCUUCUUGGAUCAGUGUAUGGCUCGACAUCCGCCGGAUCCAUAACCACAUUUUUUCCAGCCGUUAUGAAAGGCCUAGGUAAAGGCACCGUGGAGACGCUACUUUUAACGACGCCGCCUUAUUUGAUUGGGGCCGUGAUGCUGCUCAUCAAUGCCUGGCAUGCCGACAAAACCGGCGAACGAUAUUUGCACAUAACCUUGCCCUCGGUGCUCGCUAUUGCAUCCUUCAUUUUAGGUGUGUCGACGACAUCUUUCGCACCUCGCUAUGUCGCGAUGUGUUUUGUAGUUGGAUCAGUUUAUUCUGGUUACGUGGUAUGUUUGGGAUAUAUUUCAAACGUAAUCCCGAGACCAGCGGACAAACGUGCGGCCGCAAUUGCCAUGAUCAACUGUAUCAGUAAUGCCUGCUCUAUAUAUACAUCUUACUUCUAUCCUGACUCCGACGCGCCGCGAUAUACCAAAGCCUUUUGCAUAAAUAUAGGCAUGCUUGCUAUGUCGCUUUGUUUUGCUACGAUUUUACGCAUUGCGCUUGGGAGAGAAAACAAAAGAUUGGACAGGGAAGAUGGUGCAAAUCUGGAGAACCCCGUACGAAAUAGUAGAUUCCGAUACCUACUUUGA